AUGCGUACAUCUAUUCUUGGUGGUGUGUGUGCUAUCGCGUUGCAACCAUCGAAUGCUACAUUCCCUGAUGCAAACAAGUAUUUGGUGAGUAAACACUUGCCUGGGAUUCCCUUUGAGGUGCCCCAAUCGUGGGCCGGUCUCAUGCCAAUCUCUGGCAGCAAAAACGAGACCCGGGAACUAUUCUUCUGGCUCUGGGCACCGACGGGCGAUGUAGGCCACGAUGACAUUACGAUCUGGCUCAAUGGUGGUCCAGGAUGUUCGUCGCUAGAGGGUGCGCUGAGCGAGUUGGGUCCCAUUCUCCUACCCAGGUCACCGAAGGAUGUUGCGGCACCAAACCCAUAUUCGUGGACGAACUUAUCGCACGUUCUGUUCGUGGAGACGCCUGUUGGAGUGGGAUUUACGCGUGGCAAGCCCAAUAUUCACAACGAAUACGAUCACGCGAGGGAGUUUUACGGCUUUUUGGAGCAGUUCUUCAAGACCUUCAAGGAGCUGCAGGGCAAGCGCCUGUGGCUAACGGGCGAGAGCUAUGCUGGAAUGUAUAUCCCGUACAUGGCGCAUGAGAUUUACAGCCAUCCGUCGAACACGAGUGGAAUCAACCUGCAGGGUAUCGGUAUCAAUGACCCGUCGUUCACCACUGACUUCCUGGGGGAAGAGGCGCCUGCGUAUGAGUUUAUGAAGCAGAAUCAGCAUCUCAUCGGCCUCAACGAUAGCGCUAUUGCCCAGAUCGGUGAUGUGGCGAAGAAGCAAGGCCUGCUCACGUACGUGCAGGACCACCUGCAAUACCCACCGCGCGGGCAUAUUCAUGUCCCUCCCCAGUACAGCUCCAAGCGCUCUGUGUGGGAAACGGCCAAUGAGCUGGCGAUGUCGACAAACCGCUGCUUCAGCGUUUACGAGAUCAAACCUAACUGCACUCUCGACUAUGACGCUCUUGGUAUGCCACUGAACUCCCAAGAAGCAAGCAAAAAGAACUUUUUGAACGCGCAUCCUGAGUUGAAGAAGGAGCUACAUGUUGACCCUCACAAGGUGUGGAAGGAGUGCACCGACCGCAGCGUGUUUGCAAACAGGGACGACGAGGAUUUCACUUCCAGCCCGGACCGUACCGUGCUGCCCAACGUCAUUGAGAAAAGCCAACGCACAGUGAUCCAGCAUGGUACCUGGGAUUUCGUGCUGAUCGCAAACGGCUCAGCGCUGGCCAUCCAGAACAUGACAUGGGGCGGACGCAUGGGCUUCCAGACGCCGCCUCGGGCACCAAUCCGCUUCGAUGGCCGUGUGCACGGCACGAUUCACGAAGAGCGUGGCCUCACGUUUGCGCUUGUUGACCGUGCCGGCCACAUGAUUCCCCAGUUCAAGCCGAAGGUUGCGUACAAACUGCAACAGUACCUGCUUGGCCAGGUCACCCAGCAGAACCUGACGCACGUCUAG